AUUGGUCUUCACUUUGAAUAAAUCACAGAAAGUAAUGAUAACGGACCUGAGGAAACUACAGUCGCACUGUGUGGUACCACAGUUUUACAGGCAGCAGAGCGACAAAAACAUUUGAACAAUUCUGGUCCCUCCUCCCCAUUCGAUCUUUUCCCGCCCCCUUUAUGUCCCAAAAUACAGAGGUGAACCUGUUGCUCCCAUGCUUAGAAGACAAAGAUAGUUCAGACAGCACACAUGGCAGGAGCUGACAUCUAGGAAACAAACUGUAGAUGUACCAUCAGAAAGCAAGACCCAACAAAAUGUCCUGCCACAUCAACUGGAUCCUUUCGAGAGGUUCGUUUGAUCAUUCCUCAGCUCCUGCAUGCACUGAGAACCUGAUCUGCCUGUGCAGUGCGUAAUCUCUUUUCCCAGGAUGACAUUGUGCAUGAGUAUUUCAUGGCUUAUAAAUAACGACUGCGCUUACUUUGACCAGAUGAGAGGGGAGAGUAAGAGAAUACGCACAUGGAGAGAAGUCCUUCAUGGAGCUUAAUGGGACUUUAAUGAGGUGCUGCCAAGGAAGGAAACUUCCUGCAACUCCAGUCAUCCUUUAAAACCCUUUUGCAUCUUCGACUUUGCUGAAAAAGUGGCGUAGGACGCGGCAGAUGUCUUUGAAAGUUUUUCAGAAGGAAGGAAAAAGUUGAAAAAGUCUUUGGUCAAGAACUCGAACCCUUCAUUUCAUUUUAAGGAGGUGAAUCACAGAACGAACUGAAAAAAGACAAGAAAAGGGGUUUGGUUGCUGAGCUCCAUACUGACCACCCCACUACUCAUUUAACGUGAAUGUCAGGGGUGGCGAGCGUCUCUGAGGAAGCCAUGGAUGUAGCCACAGAGAGUGUUCAAGAGGCAAUGGUCAGCGAGGCUCUAGUUCAGUUCAAGGCCACGUUGCAAGCUGCCGUCAGGGAGGUUCACGUGGAUGUAAGUGCUUUCAAGCAGCGCAUAGAGCAGAGGAUUGAGGAGCUGUGCAUUUCCAACAAACCCUUGGCUGGGGCAGUGACCAAGCUGCAGGAGGAGAACCUGCAGCUCAGGGCGAAGCUGGAGGUCCUCAGCCGCCUGGUGGAGGGUCUCGCCGGAGUAAAGAUCGAGAAGAUUCCUGCCGAAGUGAAGGAGAAGAACGUGGAGGAUAGUACAGAGAAUGGACAGGUAAAAUCCAAGACCCAGGAAGACCAGAAAGAUUUUGUUAACUGUGGAAGAUCAGAGAGUGGCGAUUCCAGUCAGCCCACUUCUGCAUGCCCUGAUCCAUCAAGGUCAAGUGGAGGAUCAAGCGAUGGUGCUUCUGCUGCUCCCAGCAACACCCCAGCCCCUCCUCCAUGGAGAGCAAAGAGACAUGCUGAAAUUAAUGGCGUUGAUGCCAAAGGAGAGAAAAGUGUUGCCCACGUUGACACGGCUGCACGAGAGGACGAGAACCGAGAAAGCUCAUCACUGGACUCUGAUGCUGCCCAGACUGCUGAAGCUGCUCCCCAGUCCCACCAGCCUCUCACCGCCACCAUGAAGCCAAGCCCAGAGUCUUUUGCCAUAACCAACUCUCCUCAGUCAGCCGUGGAAACCCCCAGCACACCUGACCAGGAAGAACCAGGUCUUCUGGUCAGACCGCAUCACCCUCUCACUGCAGUGACUAAAGCUGAAGCUCCAGCUGUUCCUCAGUCUCCUGCAUCAGCGCCAAAAGCAGCAAAAGAAACAGUAGAGUCUCCUGCCAAAUGUGAUGCUGACGAACCCCAGGCCCAUCUUCCGGUCACUGCCAUGACAACCAAGCCCAGUCCAGAUUGUCUGAUGGCCACCAAACCUGCCCAGUCUGCAGCAUCAGUGCCUAAAGCAGCUGGCCAUUCGACAGCAGCCUCUCCAGCAGGAGAAGCAGGAGAUUAUUCUUUCAUUAGAGGUUCGUCUGGAGCCAAGGAGCCGAGGUCUCAGGUAUCCCCGGAGCAGUCAGGCUCUGAAUCCCAGGCUUUGGCCCAUCUUCCUCUCACAGCUGUGACCAAAAACAGCUCAGAGACGUCUGCUGCAUCCAAAUCUGAUCCGAGUCCUGCUCCCGCGAUGAAUCCUUCUGUGCCGGAAUCCCCGACAAUAAAGAGAGGCGAAUUUCCUUUUAGACGCGAUGCCUCUCAACUCAAGCCACACUUGCCUCUCUCUGCCAUGACCACAUCCCACGCAGAGUCUUCAUCGUCUGCUGUCACAGCUCAGUCGAUGAGUCCUUCAGCAUCACAGGAGCCUACACUGAAACCUGGGGAAUAUCCCUUUAAGAGGGUGCCGGUUCUCAAGACUCCCAGUCCCAGCCUGAAGAGGAGCGUGAGCUUUCCUCAGCCCGCAGAGAAAUUACUUCCCUCCAAAUCAAUCAUAAAAUCCGGCUUCUCGCCUAAUUUGGAAAAGAAAGCGAACAAGACUGGCGGGGUUGAGUUUAAGCAGGAUGUGAUGAAAUCACAAACGCUUCCACGCUCCAACGGGGCUCAGGCCAAACGAGCCCUCUUUGAGAGGAUGAACACAGAGCCUACAAAGCCGAAGGACUCCAGGCCUAAACUGAAGCGAUCGCAAAGCUUCGGGGUGUCCAGUGCCAGUGGCAUCAAACAGAUCCUGUUGGAGUGGUGCCGCUCGAAAACCAUCGGCUAUCAGAACAUAGACAUCCAGAACUUCUCGUCCAGCUGGAGUGAUGGGAUGGCUUUCUGCGCUUUGGUCCACUCCUUCUUCCCUCUGGAGUUUGACUACAACACGCUGGACCCUGCGAGUCGCAAACACAACCUGGAGCUGGCCUUCACCACUGCAGAGGAGCAGGCUGACUGCCUCCGCCUGAUCGAGGUGGAUGACAUGUUGGAGAUGGGGGACAAGCCAGACCCCAUGUGUGUGUUUACGUACGUCCAGUCCCUCUACAACCACCUGAAGAAGUUUGAAUGACUCUGUAUCAGAGUAGAUCACAAAGCCCAGACGUUUGAGGCAAGCUAACAGAAAACAACUUGCUGUUCAAAUGACGUAAACAACCGUAAAUAGGUUGAUAAGUCAGUUUUCUACUGUAUGUGUGUAUUCACCACCAGUUUGAUGGAAGAUUACCCCUUAAUUUAAAGACAUAAUAGUUUGUAAUAGCUGUUGUUGAUCAAUCAGUGUUUGGGAACAUACAUGAUAUUGCAAACCAAAGAGUUACCAGCCAGCGGAGAAAAGCUCAAGUAACAAUAAACUGGAGUCCUGCCUGAGUUUUAAUGUAGCAAAAUAAAGCAAUUUUCUAUUUACUUUUCAUCUGUAGCGUGAAUGUUUUACAUCAUUGUGGUGAAUUGCAGAGCUAAGACAAAUCAGCUCAAGAGGUGGAGUGUAAGUGUAAUUCUGUAAAUAAGUAAACUAAUUAAACUAA